AUGUCACCCAACUAUCCAUUCCUAUCCUCAAUGGAAAGAACUACAAUCGAUGGUGUGCCAAAUGAAGGGGCAAAUAAGUUGAAAAAGAAGGACAAGAAGGCUCUUUAUUACAUUCAUCAAGGAAUGUGUGAUGAGACAUUUCAACUCAUUGAAGGAGCAAAAUCAUCUUAUGAUGCAUGGAGCAUCUUAGCAACGUCAUACAAGGGAGAUGACAAGAUCAAAAGAGUACGUCUUCAGACACUGAGGCAUCAGUAUGAGCUGUUGCAGAUGGAGUCGAAUGAAGAAAUUAACACCUAUGUAAAUCGAGUUCUUACAUUGGCAAAUGACAUGAAAACCAAUGGUGAGACUCUUUUAGAACAGAACAAAGUGGAGAAGAUUAUGAGAACCUUAAGUCCAAGGUUUGAGCAUGUUGUAACUGCCAUUGAGGAGGCAAAAGACCUAUCAACGAUGACAAUUAAAUUGUUGUCCAGUUCGUUAAGAGCUCACAAACAGAGGAUGAAUGACAACAAGAGUGAGAAGACUGUUGAACAAGCCCUCCAAGCACAAGUCUCAGUUGGUGACGCUAAUUGUGAUUCUGGAAACUCACAAGGAAGAGGAAGAGGACGAGGCGGAAAUCAUCAAGGUGGCCAUAAUGGUAGAGGAUUCAAUUCUGGUAGAACCUCACAUCAGAAUCCACAUUCUUCAAGGGGGAAAAGAAUGUUGAAUGCUACAACUGCCACAAGAGAGGCCAUUAUGCAAAUGAAUUUUUGGCCAAAAAUGAAGAAGCUGCCAAUUAUGCACAGGAAGUUAACAACUCAGAUGAAGCUGAAAGUAAUCAUGCUAUCCUAA